CCCGAUGCGCGAGGCUAGCCGCUGCGGGCUGGGGGCGCCCUGGGCUGCCAUAAAGUGAAUGGGCGCCGGCGGGGGGUGGCAGUCCGCGGCGAGGCUUACUCUCUCCCAGCGAGUCCGGGAGCGCCGGAGCGGAGCGGCGGCCCCGGGCGCAGGGGGGCGGCCCCCACCCCGGCCGGGUGCCCGGCCUCUGGCCCCUGCUUGCCCUCCAGACUGCGGCCGCCGCCGCCGCUGCCGGGAGUCUGCCUGCUGCGGGACUCACUCUGGGAGAGGGCCCUGAUUUCUUUGGAUCCAUACAAUGACCGCCCACUCUGACUCCAACUCUUUAACCAGAACCCAGUUAAGCUGAAGGGAACAAAGUAGAGGGAACUCUCCUGAUCUAUAGUUCUCGAGCCCCUGAUGGAGUUCGGCCUGCUGAGCGAGGCAGAGGCCCGGAGCCCGGCCCUCUCGCUGUCAGAUGCUGGCACCCCCCACCCCCCACUCCCCGAACACGGCUGCAAGGGCCAAGAGCACAGCGAUUCGGAGAAGGCCUCGGUUUCGCUGCCCGGCGGCUCCCCCGAAGACGGCUCGCUGAAGAAGAAGCAGCGGCGGCAGCGCACGCACUUCACCAGCCAGCAGCUGCAGGAGCUGGAGGCGACCUUUCAGAGGAACCGCUACCCCGACAUGAGUACGCGCGAAGAGAUCGCCGUGUGGACCAACCUCACCGAGGCCCGCGUGCGGGUAUGGUUCAAGAACCGGCGCGCCAAGUGGAGAAAGCGCGAGCGCAGCCAGCAGGCGGAGUUGUGCAAGGGCGGCUUCGCGGCGCCGCUCGGGGGGCUGGUGCCGCCCUACGAGGAGGUGUACCCCGGCUACUCGUACGGCAACUGGCCACCCAAGGCCCUCGGCCCGCCGCUCGCCGCCAAGACCUUCCCGUUCGCCUUCAACUCGGUCAACGUGGGGCCUCUGGCUUCGCAGCCCGUCUUCUCGCCACCCAGCUCCAUUUCCGCCUCCAUGGUGCCCUCGGCCGCGACCGCCCCGGGCACCGUGCCUGGGCCCGGGGCUUUGCAGGGCCUAGGCGGGGGGCCCCCCGGGCUGGCUCCGGCCGCGGUGUCCUCGGGGGCCGUGUCCUGCCCUUACGCCUCGGCCGCAGCCGCAGCCGCCGCCGCCGCCUCCUCCCCCUACGUAUAUCGGGACCCGUGUAACUCGAGUUUGGCCAGCCUGAGGCUCAAGGCCAAACAGCACGCCUCUUUCAGCUAUCCCACCGUGCCGGGGCCGCCGCCGGCCGCCAACCUCAGUCCGUGCCAGUACGCUGUGGAACGGCCCGUCUGAAGGGCGCUGCCGGUCGAUCAUCCCUGAGGGUGGGGCGGUAAUGCACGGCCUUGACGGACUGGGGUCGUUUUGACUGGCUUGCCCCCACCCUCGGGGUCUGAGAGGAGAGCUGGGGUUGGGGAGGCGGCCGGCUCAGGAGAGAGCCUGCCCCCACUCCCAGGCUUGAGGGGUGGACUGGGCCCUUAGUCCGAGACCCUGGGACUAAGGCCAGGAACAGGGACCAGUUCCCCAGGGGCCAAUUCACCUUUGGCCCACCUCGCCUUCUCCAGAAUCCCUCUCCCUGGUUUUCAAAGAUAAAUGAAAUAAACGUGCGCGGACUGUCAGAGGCCUGGU